AUGCCUUCUCUCGCCAUCCCCAAAGGCUCAACUGUCCUUGUGACCGGAGCGAACGGUCUCUUGGGCUCUCACAUUGCGAAGCAAUUUCUCGAGUAUGGCUACAAGGUCCGCGGCACUGUUCGUAACCCGGACAAAGUGGGCUGGCUUUCAGCUGCCUUCGACAAAGCGUACGGAGAGGGCAAAUUUGAGCUUGUCAAAGUCGCAGACAUGGCGGCUGAAGGUGCUUUCGACGAAGCUGUCAAGGGCGUUGAUGCUGUUGUUCACGUAGCAUCUGUCUUGACGCUUGACCCGAACCCCCACAACGUCAUUCCUAGCUCGAUUGCAGGUGCAGUCAAUGCAUUGAAGUCGGCGUUCGCCGCGCCCAAUGUCAAGCGCUUCGUCUUUACUUCCUCAUCGUCUGCCGUUGAAUCAGCCGAUGAUGGGCCGGAUGCUGUCAUUACUGAAGAUCAAUGGAACGAGAAAGCUGUUAAGGACGCGUGGGCCGAACCUCCGUACACCCCGGAGCGGGCCGGUGCCGUCUACGCGGCGAGCAAGACCCAGUCAGAGCAGGAGGUGUGGAAGUACUACAAGGAGCACCGCGCCGAGCGCCCCGACCUCGUGGUCAACACUGUGCUCCCCAACUUCAACUUCAGCGGUUCCAUCGACCCAGUCAACCAGGGAUUUCCCAGCAGCUCGGCAAUGCCUGUCACGCUGUACAAUGGAGAGGUCUCGUACAUCUUCCACAUCUUGAACAAACAGCACUAUAUCCACACCGAUGAUUCCGCAAGACUGCACGUCGCGGCUGCAACUUUUGAAAACGUGAAAGACCAGCGGAUCUUCGGCUUUGCCGGUAAGUUCAGCUGGGACUUGAUUCUGGAUAUACUCCGGAAGAACUUUCCCGAGAAGACGUUCCCGGAGAACUUCUCUGCCGAGUUGAGCAAGAAGACCAUCGCACCGAGCGGAAAGGCUGAGGAACUCUUGCGCGAGCUGGGCCGUCCGGGGUGGACCUCCUUGGAGGAUACAAUCGUUGAGACUAUCAAAGACGCUCAACUUGCUGGCGACAAGGCGAAGAUCCAUUCAUACUAG